CUCUCUCCCUCGCUCAAUCUAGUAACAUAAGUGUGAGCAGCAGCAUCUUCUGGCUUGAAGCUCCAUACUGUGGAGCAAAUGUCUUCACUUUCCACCAAAAUGGCACACUGAUCGGUUGCGUGAGGUAGUGAGAGUAGUGCGCCCAAGAAAUCACCCGUAAGCGAAAACCAGUGAAACCCGCCCGAGUACAACAGGACUGACUCGGAAAAGUGCCGUUUUUUCCACCAGUGUAAACCCGUCCGUGGGGAUUCGGGACAUUCCGCGAAAUAGCACCGUGUCGAGAAAAUUUUGCAGAUACCCCUUUUUGCUACGCCAACUGGGAUGUGGUUUAAUAAUGAACAGAGAUUGAUGUAAUUGAGUUCGUCAAGUUUACAAAAUCACUGAAAAGUCUUCCAAUACACCGGCCAGUCCGUGUAAUCCAAACAGUGUUUUGUGUGUGAGUGUAGUUAACUAUUGUUCAUUGUUAAACCAAACUGCAUCAUGGCGUUCCUGAAUAAUCUGCGCUCAGUGCCGCUGCCUCCGGUAAAGAACAUGCUCAAUGUGGCCCUACAAACAGCACGUCAAACGAUUCCGGCCAAGCAGAAACAGAACGGCUACGAAGAACCGGCCGGAGACAGCUUUGGCGGUGCUCCCGGUGCAAGUGGUAUGCGAUCGCCACCGCAAGUCCCCCCAAGACCACAGAACGUUCAUUUCGCCGACACGGACGCCGCGGGUGACACUGGUGGAACAACGGAGAUGAAUCCUUUGAAUCCUUUCACGAAUCCGAAGGCAUACUACCAGGAGGAUGGAACGGACCAACCCGGUACUAACCAGUACCAGGAGACGGGUUUCAAUCAGGGUGAUUUCGAAAAUGGGUACCAAGCGGGCGGCUACCCUCCAAGACAGGGCAGUGUACAGUCCUUCGGUUCGGACAGUACUUUCGCCGGAGGUUGCGAAGGCGAAGCCCCAGGUGGUGCUAAGAUUAAUGAGUACCAGGCAGCUUGGAACGUGACCAACGCAAUUCAGGGAAUGUUCAUCGUGUCGCUACCAUUUGCGGUACUGCGUGGCGGAUAUUGGGCGAUCAUAGCGAUGGUUGGAAUUGCUCACAUUUGCUGCUACACCGGUAAGAUACUCGUCCAGUGUCUGUACGAGCCGGAUCCGCAAACUGGCGAACCGGUACGGGUCCGAGACAGCUACGUGUCGAUCGCGAAGGUGUGCUUCGGCAAGAAGAUCGGUGCACGUGUCGUCAGCAUAGCGCAGAUCAUCGAGCUGCUCAUGACCUGCAUCCUGUACGUGGUCGUGUGCGGUGAUCUGAUGGCCGGCUCCUUCCCGGACGGUGCGUUAGACACCCGAUCGUGGAUGAUGCUGUGCGGUAUCUUUUUGCUGCCGCUCGCAUUCCUCAAGUCGCUGCACCACGUGUCACUGCUGUCGUUCUGGUGCACCAUGGCCCAUCUGCUGAUCAAUGCAAUUAUCGUCGGCUACUGCCUGCUGGAGAUCGGCGACUGGGGCUGGAGUAAGGUCAAGUGGCGAAUGGACUUUGAGAACUUUCCAAUCUCACUUGGUGUUAUUGUCUUCUCCUACACGUCGCAAAUCUUCCUGCCCACGCUCGAGGGCAACAUGGAGGAUCGGUCCAAGUUCAACUGGAUGCUCGACUGGUCGCACAUAGCGGCGGCCGCCUUUAAGGCCCUGUUCGGGUACAUCUGCUUCCUGACGUUCCAGAACGAUACGCAGCAGGUCAUCACGAACAAUCUGCACUCGCCCGGGUUCAAAGGUCUGGUAAACUUUUGUCUGGUCAUCAAGGCGAUCCUCAGCUACCCGCUGCCGUUCUUUGCCGCUUGCGAGCUGCUCGAGCGUGCGUUCUUCCGCGGCAAGCCCAAGACCAUCUUUCCCGUCGUCUGGGAGCUGGAUGGCGAGCUGAAAGUUUGGGGCCUGGCAUGGCGUUUGGCCGUCAUUCUCGGUACGAUCAUGAUGGCGAUCUUCAUUCCACACUUUUCCAUCCUGAUGGGAUUUAUCGGAAGCUUUACGGGCACGAUGUUAAGCUUUAUCUGGCCGUGUUACUUUCAUUUGAAGCUGAAGGGGCACCUGCUCGAUCAGAAGCAGCGGGCCUACAACUAUUUCAUCAUCUUUCUCGGUGUGCUGUUUUGUGUGGUUGGCAUUUACGAUUCGGGCACGGCUUUGAUUCAUGCCUUCGAGAUCGGUUUACCGUUCUAAGUGGCAGAUAGUGAAGCGGGGAAGAUGUCCCGAAAGAUGUUUUGUACAGAGUGCAUACCCAUUACAAACUCCAUUUCAACUCAUCUGCCAUUUCUCUCGAACAAAACACCGUUGUUAAACUGUUUCACUCCUUCUCAUUAGACCAAGUCAACGUGUCCGGUGUUACGUUGGAAGAAUGCGUUUGUUUGGUUAGUACGCAAAAGUUACACAAACAGAGGCUUAAGACGAUGGGCGUUGUGCGGAUGUGACAAGAUAUAAAAAGUGUUUAAAACAGCAGCAAAAUUGGAUGGAGCAAAGCAAACCUUGGCUUGGACAGCCUGGGUCAGAAGUGAACUUGUACCGAUUCCUCCAAGUGGACAUCCAACAAAUGAAGCGAUCGAGUCUCAUAAUAUGUUGGACAUAUCGGGACACAAUUGAGACAUGCACACACAGAAUGUUCACGGAAUAGCAACCAUUCGAAGUAUGUAGGGCUCUCAUCAUGGUUAGCAAAAGAAACUGAAUCGUUAAUCAAUGUCUUCCUUAAUGUAAACGAGAGGCGAUAGAAUGAGUUGGGAUGCAACUGCAACUAAUAACAAACUAGUACAUUGUUAGCGGUAUUGAAAACUUAGCAAAGCAAAUAUACACAAAUAUCAAGAGAUCCACCGGUGGGCGAGGGAUGUUGCAAAAGUAUGCAAAAAUGCAUCAUUAAACGCAAAACAGUCACAGUCUUCCAGACAUAUACAUAUAUAUAGAUAUACAUACAAAGAAGUCACAAAAUUGAACACAAAUAUUAUAUAGAGAAAAAAAAACAGAACAACCCAAAACACAACAUAUUUAAGCUAGUGAGCUAAGCGUAACGUAUCUGCUAGGAUAUUAACGAGUAAACAAAAGCUAAGUUACAAUAGAGUUAAAAGCGAUCAUGGAUAAUAUUUGCCGGUAUAGUUCUGUUAAGUACGAGCAAUUUAGCUUCGAAAGCUGCACGAGUGCAGUGCACGUGGAAGUUAAGUAGAGUGUGUGCGGAACAAGCGGGAACGCUCGUCCUACAUCCGGCGUAGUGAAUAUUUCAAUCGAAUCAAUUAUAUAGUGCUAACGACAAUAAGCCAGCGAGGGCACUGGUGCAAUCGGAAAUUGGCAGAUGGUGUAUUUACUUCUUCCAGUUUUCCGCAACCAAAAGCUUAAAUGCUACCCAAAUUCAAAAUUGAGUGUUUCCAGUUUAACAUUUCAAGUGAAAGCAUUAAGACCUAACUUCCAAAGGGCCGGAUAUUCGGUUUUGUUACAAUGAUCAACAUAUUAUACAAUGCGUCAGUACGCGGCUAGCAAGAAUGAUAUACUCCUAUACAACAAGUGAAAGCUAUACCAACGUCUUCCAAACAGAAUAUUAGCAUGUGAAGUAAUUGUAAUGUACUUUAAUCUAUUUACCCCGAGUGUCCUAUUAAAAAGUCUUCCAAUGGACACGAUCGGACAAAUGUUAUUAAUUAAUUUUUUUGCAGAAAUCGUUUGUUGUAGCCAUGUUUGUUUUAAGUUUUCCCAACCAGAGAGACCAUUAGUUUGCUGACUGGGCUCACAAAUUGUGUCAAUCGCAAGUACAAUAAUCGUUACAGCGGACGAUCAGUCCUGGGGCAGUGAUUUUAUUCUACUAUAGUAGUUAACGAAGUGCAUACAUAUGGCAAAUGCAUUAGAAAAGCGUGUUUAGUUGUUUAUGGCUUUGUUCCAAGUAUUGAAUGUUCCACUAUACAAUAAUCUCUAUUGUACUUAUUGCAAUUAAUGUAUUUAAGAGCAACAUUAUAGGUGUCCGAAUAAAUAACAGUUAUUUAACUUUAAAUUCAAA